AUGGACGAGGAGAAACCCAAGAUACGAGGAUCUGAGCCGAGCCAUUCACAUGGUGAUGCUCCUCGUGUUACGUGGGACGAAGAAACUAUUGCUCUGCAUAAUUUAGACCGUGGUACACGUACGAAGAUUGACGAGCCUAAUACGCCUUAUCAUUACUAUGCAGAGGCUGAUGGAGUGGGCGGCGUCUCGCCUGCUCGAAGUUUUUCUGGCGAGUGUCCUCCAAUACAGUGGGAUGAGCUGCAGUCGAAGUUACAAAAUGUAAAGGAUAACAAGACAAAUGACUGGGAUUUCAAGAAUGACAAGAUUGUGGGCUCAGCGUCAGGAGAAAUGGAAUUUGGUGCUCGGGACUCCGAAGGAAAGAAAAUUCGCAAGGAUCCGAACUUUGAGGAAAAACGCAAGAGUCACUACAAUGAAUUUGAACGUGUGCGGGAUUGGAAAAUGCAGAAUGGAAGUGAAGAGGAUGAAGACGACGAAGAUGAAGAUGAGCAGCCCUACAGCGAAGAAAUACAAGCAGCGCAGCCUUAG